AUGAGCCCAAACUACUCGCCGCGGCGCAGCUCCCCAGGAGGGUCUCCCACUCCUAGACAGGCUGCCACCCCAGGCCAGGCUGACCUUGCCGCGCCUCCCGCCUCCCAGCCGAGGAGCGAGCGCGCGGGCAGGAAGUUCCUCCUCGCCGGCCCCCAGGAUGGGGCCCACCUUCCCCCUUCUCAUCUUACACUCCGGGACUCGGGAAGACUGACAGGGGGGCCGUCCACUCCCUUCGGGACGCCCUCAUUCCCCUCCCCCACAGGGGUGUGGCCGCGCCCCGGGCCUCUCUGGGGCCCCGUCUUCCUAGCCGAUCGCCCCGCGCGGAAACGAAGCCCACGUCAGCAGCUUUCCCGGGGAAAGGCGGCCGUUCCCAAACCUGCCAUCCCAAACGUGCGGGUUCCAGCCACUCCCGGAAGAGCCAGGUCGUUAGGCUUCGCUGGGUUUUCUCCUCCUCCUCCUCACAAACUCCAUCCCAGUCGCCGCCCGGGCUCAGCCCCCGUCGAGCCUCCCUUUUGCACAGUUUCUCGCCUCGCCGCCCAGCGGUCUCCAUGGCAACGAGUGGCAUGUGCCAUCCCAAACGGGAUUGAACCUGUGCUCUCUGCCAUGGGAACACUGGACCACUGGACCACUGGACCACCAGGGAGUCCAGGAACAAGUGUGUUCAACUAAAAAGAUCCUGCAUGUCACAGUGAAGAUCUCUCGCUUGCAAUGAAGAUCCUGCCUGCCCCAACUAAGACUCAAUGCUGCCAAAUAAAUAAAUACUUUUUUUAAAAAAAGAAUCCUAAGAGUUCUCAACACAAGGACAGAAAUUUUUUUUUUUCCUUUUUAUUUUCCUUCUUUUCUUUUUAUUGAGAAGAGGUGGAUAUUGGCUGAAAUUACUGUGGUAAUCAUUUCACAAUACAGGUAAGUAUUUCACAAUACACGUUCAACUUAUUCAGCGUGUGUUAGUCGCUCAGUCGUGUCCAACUCUUUGUGACCCCGUGGACUGUAGCCCACCAGGCUCCUCUGUCCAUGGAAUUCUCUAGGCAAGAAUACUGGAGUGGGUUGCCAUGCCCUCCUCCAGAGGAUCUUCCCAACCCAGGGAUCAAACCCAGGUCUCCCAAUUGCGGGCAGAUUCUUUACCAUCUGAGUCACAAGAGAAGUCCAAAACUUACACAAUGAUGUAUGUCAAUUAUUUUUCAGUAAA